GUUAUAUUGCUCGCCUCAAUGCCCUGCGCCGCGGCUAUUUUGGAGACUUUGGUGCCGAGGAGUGUGACCAGAUCCAUGCGCCCAAUCCACAAAUCCCUGGAGUUUUGGUGUUCGAACGCGGAUGCAACAGCUCCCGAAAAGUCAUUGUGAUCGCCAGCUUCGACACUGAGAACAACAAGACGAUCCGGGUUCCGGUGUCGUGGCCAGCAGGAACCCAGUUAGCGGAUUGUGUAGCACAGGAAGAUCCCUUGAUGUUGGUGGUGAGUCCACGCCGUGAUGUCACCGUGAUGUUGAAGCCAGUAGAGGCAAUCGUCUUGGUGCCAUUGCCGAUAUUUGUGGUGCCACCCACGGUGAUUUACAUGUCACCGUCCCAUGGGUCUCAAGCGAUUUGGUCCAGACAGGAAGGGACUUACAAGAACAUCACAGUGCGCUUUGACCGUGCCAUGGAGCCUUCCAUCGUGAAUGCUGCUCGUCUCAAUGGGCAGCCAGCCUAUUUCCGCUGUGCCAAGGCCUGUUCUGAGAUCUUCUUGGAGGUCGAUGUAUCUUCCAUGAGCAAUGGCUUUCACACUGUGGAGGUGCAGAAAGAGGCUCGAUCACUGGAUGGGCAAGAGAUGUUUGUGGGCUUCCAAGGUUCUUUCAUCAUCGAUCGCGACAUGGGGUCCAUAGCAAGACCUUCGCAUCACCAGAGGAGUGGACUGAUCUGCGGAAACUUCACACAACUUUGCCACAACGCAACUGGGGCUGACUGGUUUCGAAUGAAGAAUUUGGGGUCAGGUUGGUCGCCAUGGAGACCUAUGGAAGCCGUCAGUGAGUGGGAGAGCAUCCCUGGGGUGACAGUGCUGGUGCAAUAUCAUGCGCAAAGAAGUGCCAGUUUUAUGGUGGGAGACUGCAUGUCCUUGGAAUCCUCCUGCGUCACAUCCUACCAUGAAUCCAUGAACAUUUUUGGUGAUUUCAACAACUGGGGCAUGGUUGAGACCAGCAUUGGCCGCAUGAUGAAGCUGAAGCACUUUACUUGGGCCGUCAACUUGACGUUGGAUCGAUUUGUGCGAGCCAAGUUCGCACCAAAAAGGGAUUGGAGCAUCUCUUAUGGCAUCCAUCCAGAUAGAGAGUUGUUGUAUAAUAUGCCCUCCUUCGAUGAUCGUUACUACACCUUCAAUGUGGAGCCUACCCUUUCUGGCACCGAGGCCAGCCGUCAGUGGAUGACGCAGCGCGAGCACUGGAACGAGGCACAAAACCUGGCCUCGGGGGCGGAGUUUGCUGUGGAGCUGUGGUUGAGCCAUUUGUGCACUCCGCAACCCCCAGAAUGUCAGCCACCCAAAGAAACACCUGACUGGGAGGGGCAUGGCUUUCAACCGGGUGAGGAUCAGGAAUGGUGUCGAACCGUUGGAGUUCACAAGUGUAUGGAGUACAAAGAGAAUGACAACUCGCCAGCGAUGAGUGCAUGUGGAGCCUUCUCGUGCUGCCGAAGAAAGGUGUCCACGGUGCCAAGUGGUGCAGCUGAGACGUGUUGUGUGCUCUUCAACGAUUUGCUCUUGAACUAUACUGUCACUUCGGAUCUCUCGCAGUGUUCAGGUUUGGCCACCACCAUGACCACGACUCUUCCGCUCAAGACCUGUCCUCCGAGGAGCGUCACUUUAGAGGAGGCGCGCAAUGCUGGACGGGCCCAGAUCUCGCCAUAUCAGCCAGAUGCAGCACAAAUCCAAGAGACGCUGCAGUGGAGCCGCGAGCGCAUCGUUGAGGCAGAGAAGGAUUUUGAACUGCAGAACUACAAGCGAUUGAGUUCUCCAAAGUCUUGGAGUCGUGAUGUGGCCUACUCCAUCAUGGUGGAUCGUUUUGCCAACGGAGAUUUGUCCAAUGAUGAGACGAAUCUUCCAGACUUCCAGGUAGAUGAGAUGAAGAAUGGCCAGCCAUGGUCCAUCCAUCAGUGGCGUCAUGGGGGAGACUUGCAGGGAGUCAAGGGUCGACUGACUUACCUCAACCAACUGGGUGUUUCGACUGUGGUCUUGUCACCCAUCUUCCUGAAUGCAGCAGGUGAAUAUCAUGGUUUUUGCACUUCAGAUAUCUCGAAGAUUGAUCCUGGCUUUGGCAGUCCAGAACUUUUGCGUGAUUUGGUUCAAGAUGCUCACGCUCUGAACAUGAGAGUGCUCUUGGAUGUGCAGGUAAAUCAUGUUUGUGCCAAAGGAAUGAAGUACAAGGCAAAUCCAAAUGUGGAGAAAGUUAGCAAAUGCAUCAAAGAAACCGAAAUCGCUUACUGGGGACUUGAUCGUGGCUAUCCCUUGAUUCCAAGCGAGAAUCGACAGAGCUUGACAUACUCAGACCUGCCCAAAUAUUUGCAACAUGAGUCUUUUUUCAUUCGCUGUGGUCCAAAGGCCAUGUACAGGCCUAUGGGUCAAGACUUUAUCAAGUUGGGGGUGGAGAAUGUCACUUCAAUCGAUGCCGGUUUCGUAUUUCCCGAGUUCUUUUCUGAUACAUAUUUCGAGCUAAAUACCAUGGACACAGCUCUUCAAGAACUCUAUGGAAACCUUCUGAAAUAUUGGAUUGCUUUUGCUGAUAUCGACGGCUAUCGAGUCAGUGCUGCCGCUCAUGUCACUGCAGAUUUUACAGCAUAUUUGGCCACAAAUCUGCGCUUCUAUGCAGCGGCCCUUGGGAAGGACAACUUCUUUGCUGUCGGCGAAGUGCAGCAAUCAACAUCUCCCUUUGGUUUCAUGCAUGUUGGCCGCGUACAACCUCCGCAGGGUGCUGCAUAUUUGCCGAAGAGAGUUCAGGGUGUGAUGGAAGAGAUUUGCCCCUAUUACAGCGCACUUUCACCUGCACUCCCUGGAUUCUUGUCAACCUAUCCUGUUCAGGAAUCCUUCUUGGUCAGAGAGAUUGCAGCAGGGUCCUCCCAACCAAUGGCCUUGUAUGAACGUGCAGAUUGGUAUGACGCUGUGAUGAUGUCUCGUGGCAUCCUACAAACUCAGGGAGACAUUGCUUUGAGCAUGAUAGCAGCUGAGUCGAAGGAUAUGCCAAGGUUGUUGUCUCAACAGGGAAGUCAUCAUGCCCAGGAUGUGUGGCGUUUGCAAGUGACUUUAGCUUGGAGCUUCACUUGGUAUGGCAUUCCUGAGAUCUACAACGGUGCAGAGAUGGGUCUCAAUGGUGUGUGCUUCCGCGACCGGGAGGAACGACAAAGGAUGAAGUCAUCCAUGGUGAAUUCGGGGAUGCAGGAUGAAGUUGCCGAGACCAUUUUAGCUGGUUGCGAUUACACGACCCUCGCCACCUCCAUGGAUUCAGGCUAUUGGCGUCAGGACAUGUUUUCCAGAGGCCCCUUCCGCUUGGGAUCUGCAGUGCCCAGCAUCCAACAGCAGGCGGGCAUUGAUCGAACCUUGCAGGGUGCCAAUGGCCCUCACUGGUGUGAAGAUCCUAUGCUGGAUCGCAACAACCCAUUGUACAAGAUGACUCGAGCCUUAAUUCGCAUGCGGAAGGCAUGCUUUCCAUUGCAAACAGCUGCAGACUUGCCAGCAAAGGCCAUAGAUGGAGUUGACCAGGAGUUGGCUUAUUGGAAGUUGCCCGUUUUGGAAGAAAACGAAACCUUGCCGGAAGAGCAGCCCAGGAUCAUGCUGGUUGUCCUGCGAAUGGUAGACACUCCCAAUUUGGAAUAUUCGAAAUAUGUCUUCCCAGAGAUCCCUGAAGCAUAUGCGGAGGGACAAGCUUUUGUAGACCUUUUCGAUGGGACACGAUUGGCAGUGGUUUACAAGGAUGAAAACAGAACCAUCCUGCUGGUCCCUGGCAACUUGGCCACCAGCCAUGUGGCCAUCUUUGCUCCAUUGGGUUCCAUCACUGCAGACUCCGUGGGCGAUUGGUCAGUCUGCAAGGGAGUGAGCUUGCAGAAGCUUGAGGAGUACAGCUGCGCAGCGCAAAGUUCGUGGUUUCCUAUGUGGGGCACCCUAUCAACCUCCAUCAUUUGGAUCCUUGCGGUGGUGCUGAUUCUGGCCGUGAAUUCGCGCACCAGCAUCUACCUGAGUGUGGUCAUGGAGCCCACCUGUCCCAGCAUUUGCCAACCCGCAGGACUGCGGGUGGAGCCGCGUCACAUUUUGGUGGCGGCCAUUGAGCACACCAUUCCUGAGAGGAACGUCAAGGUGAGUGCUGGUGGCCUUGGAAAGGUGCUGGAUCAAAUGCUGCGAGAACAUCCGCCUGGCAUCAUGAGUUUGGUCCAUCCGAUGUUUGGUGAUGUGGACUAUGGGCCCCUGGAUGAACAUACCCGCUUCACCAUUGUGGUGGAUGGCAAGGACCAGGAGAUUGUAGUCUACACCAUGCAAAGUGAACUCAAUGGAAUCACUCGGGUUUGGUACAUUUUGAGUCAUGAACUCUUCAACGAGCGUGUGAAAACUGCUCCUUAUCCUAGUUCCAUGACCAAAGUCAAGACCCUUCGUUACUUUUCCUUGUGGAAUCAAGCGGUGGCUCUCUUGUUGAGCGAACUCCGCCCUGAUGUGUACCACUGCAUGGAUUAUCAUGCUGCGAUGGCACCACUCUAUCUUUCUCCUGAGACGCAAUUGCCUGUGAUUCUGGUGUUGCACAAUGCAGACUAUAUGGGAGUGAUCGAAACAGAUUUCAUCUGCGACAGAUUCUGGAAGACAGUAAGUCACCUGCGGCGACUCAGUCUGAUCUUCAAUGUCGAGAUCUCGACCAUUCGAAAGUAUUGCAUGUUUGAGGGCCGUUUCAAUAUGUUGAAGGCAUGUGUGACCUACAUCCGCGAAACGCAAGCGGGGCACGGCAUUUGUGGGGUGGCCUACAACUAUGCCGUUGAGUUGGAGCGAGAGAAAACCUUGUUUGCCGGCUUACCACACCUCAUUGCCCUGGACAAUGCCACGGAUCCCUCUGACGAUGCCAAUGCAGAGAUCGAUAAACUGCGCUCUCAGCGCUUUGAAUCGAAGGCGGCCUUGCAAAAGUAUUGUGGGUUGGAUGAAGAUCCAGGAGCCAAGAUCUUGAUCUUCAUUGGUCGCUGGGUGAAGCAGAAGGGUGUGGAUCACAUUGCGAUGUUGACUCCAGUGUUCCUGCGGAGUCACCCUGAAGUUCAAAUUGUCUUGGCAGGACCUCCGGAUGAUUCCUGUGGUUUGUUCGCUGGAGAGCUUCUGGCAGGCUUGGGGGAUGAAUUCAAAGGCCGACUCUUUGUUUGCACCAAGUUCUUCAAGCUCACGGAAGAUUUGCGUCGUGGUGCUCAUCUUUGCUUUACUCCAUCCUGUUCCGAGCCCUUCGGCUACGUGGACGUGGAGUUUGGCUUGUUGGGAGUCCCUUCAGUUGGUUGCGCCAUUGGUGGCUUAGGAAAGAUGCCGGGAGUCUAUUUCCGACAGCAAAACUCUGACGAUGCCAAGAGUUUGAUCGACUCAUUCUUCUGUGCAGUGGAUUAUGCCUUGAAUUUGCCUGAGAACGACUACUGGGAAAUGGCACGCGCAGCCACAACAGCUGAGUUCCCCUUCGAAACCUGGCGGGAGAACUUGAUCGGCGCCUACACCGAGGCGGUCACCAUGUUCCAACACUCUGAGGGCAGGUCGCUUACCCUGAACCACCUCUGGGUCAGGAAGGGUGCCACCAAAGCGGUUGCUGAUGCCUUGGCUCCGCGCAAAGAUACCAAGCUGAGGAGGAUGUCUUCAACAGCUCAGGUGGCGCACCGAAUGCAAGUCUUGGACGUCACCGAGGAUGCCGAAUUCCUCACCCAAGGCGUCAGCGAAGAACGGGUCCAUGAGAUUAUGAGGCAAGCGAUGGCGAAGACUCAAGGGAAGGUCAAGGAUGCUGAGACAUUGCAGAGUCACAUUUGCCAAGCAGAGCAGCGCUUGACAGAGAAGAGCCCAUUGUCGUUGUUCCUGAUGAAACCGUUUCUUCGAGGUGUUUGCCUCCGAAUUCACGUGGUCAUUGCCCUUGGGUACAUCUUCUCGCCCGUUGGUGAAGCACUCCUGAAAACAUUGGAGACAAGAGCACUUUCCAAGUCUGGAGCAUCGGAAGAGUCCUUGUGGGCCGUCUUCUAUGCAGGAUCUGCUUGCGGAUGUUUGCUUUGGCUGUUCCUUUCUGGUGGUAUUCCUCCAAAUCUGUUGAUGGCCAGCUCUCAGCUUAUGAACAUGCUCUUCUUUGUACUUGUUCCUGCUUUGCCGCAAGAGUUCUUUGACAGUGCAGUUGUUUCACUGACAUAUUUGGGGCUUUGUGGCUUGCAAAGCACCUCUCGCAUGCUAUUCAUUAUUUGGAACUUCAACGAAGACUUCCAUGGUGGCUUCCAGGUGGCAGCACGGAGAAUUGGAGUGCUUGAAAGUCUUCGCUCUGGCGUUUCGUGGAUAGCUGUGACUCUGAGCUACGCAGGACUAGACUACAUCAACAAGCAAGUCGUGCUGGUUGUCUCCUUAACCACCUUGGUGCUUCUCUUCAAAGCGCCCCAUUGCUAUGCUUCUUACGUCCUGCCAGCCACUGGCCUGAAAGAAGGUUUGACUCACACGUCCUUCUUGAUGCUGGUCAUUGCGGAGUCUUUGAACACCCUGGCAUCGUAUCCAGCCCAGAGUUAUGCUACAUGGUGGACCUUGAAUGGCUGGGAGCCUUCCGAGAUCUCCUAUUUUGCCUUGGCCAUUGGCCUUGUGAGUCCUAUAGCCCUCUUCAUUAUCUUUGGCAUGAUGACCAAGAUGAACCGUUGGGGCCCAUGGGCCAUGCGAGAUUUCAGUUGCCUUCUUCCACCUGGCUCUUUGCUUCGAGCCCUCUGUUUGUGGGACUUGGGAUAUCUGAACUUUCGCUCAGAGAUCUUCGUGUUUGCCAUCUUGGUCUCUGUUGGUUUGGACGUGGCCAGGGGAGCGGCAGUGUGGUCUUCCAUCAUGACCAUCUUGGGGAACAAGUGGUAUGCACUGAAGGGCUGCUACAUUUGCCUCACGCUGAUCAGUACAUGUGCGGCGUUGUCGCCCUUUGUUUGCCACUGGAUCGCUUUGUUGGCCACCCGGACCUCACCCCUGGUGGACACCAAAACCUUGGAUCGACCCAUCUCGGGCAAGGGAUCUUUAGGUGAGGCCACUGCCUGGGCUGUGGUGCCUCUGGCAGCUUUGGCCUAUCUGUUCCAGUUGCUGGCGUGGAGAUACUUCAAUGGUGGCAUCCUCACCUUCAAGGGUCAUGGGAACAUCCUGCCGGAUGGAAGUAAAACCGGCACGGCCUCAACUAUUCACCGCAUUUCCGCCAAGGAGAUCAAGCGCAAGCGCCAGGCCGCCCAGCAUGUGGCGAUUUCCGAGGCGCCGCCGGCGGUGGUGUCGGAGGCGGCGCCAGCAGCGGAGCUGGACAUCACCGGGGUCAUCGAGGUGGACGAGAUGCAGGAGAAAGAGAAUGCAGCCAGUCCACGUUGGGAUCAUGUAAGCAGUCCGAAGUCAGAAGCGAAGUCAGAAGGAUACCAUGCACCGGCGCUGCCUGAUGGCGCCGUGGCCGAAUCGGUGCAGGUCCUGUACCGAAGCGAGAGAACGAAUCGAACUCACAGGACAAAAAGCGGAAAGAGCAGCUUGAGCCUGAAGAGCAAACUCGAUGAUGAUGCGGAAACAGAUGACUUGCGAAAAAGCCAAGCAUCACAAGAGCCGGAGGCACAAAAGAUACCAAUAUCAGCUGCAGGUCUCUAUCGAACCGAGCCGAAGACGCCGAAGACGCCAAAGGAGUCGAACCAGUUCGCGCGGCUCUUCUCCCAAGCCACGUCGUUCUUCCGCUCAGCGCCGGCGGAGGACGAUGCCGUGGCGCCAGAGAAGAGCCAACCGGCUGCCGUGCCGCCGCCGUGCCCGGAUGCGCCGGCAGUGCCGGACACCCCACCGAUGCACUCGGAGCCCUCGGUGGCUUGCGAACAUUCCACGCUCUGACGUGUAGACAGCGUUAAAAAAGUGUUAGAUGUAUAAGAUAUAGAAGUAGACCAGUAGACUGGAUGUGAAACUGUGAAACAUCUAGACAGAUAUGAAAUGAAUAGAAUGAUACCUGAAACUCUCGAAGAGACUUUCACCAAAAUGUACAGUCUGUACAGCGUUCAGUGUAGACUCUGCAAUGUGAAGAGCGCCUAUGCAGAAUGCAAGUUGGGUAGCUGCGAACGUAGCUACACAGAUGCCAUCAAAUGUGAGCCCCGGAAGCGCAGCAGUCGUUUCUGCCUGCAUUGUGACAUCAAUGCAUGACUUAGAGGCUUCAAUUCAGAAUCUAGACAAUAUUUAGAUUUCUGAGAAGCGAUUUUCUGACACCUGACUCAGCGACCCUCAGCCCACUACUUGGCCAAGUACACAGUGUGAUGAGGGUUGAUACAGUGCUUUUCCAAGCGAGAUGGGUGAAUAGUAUAGCGUGCAAAAAAA